AUGCUUUUCCAGGUUUCCAAACUAGUGAUUCUACAUGAAGAAGCAGAAGAUGGUAUUCCUAUGCCCGACUUGGAACAGCCUGUUAGGUCAGUCAGCAAUGCCGUUUCCAACUUAGUCAAGGUUGGAAGGGAGACAAUAAACAGUUCAGAUGAUCCGAUCUUACGGCAAGACAUGCCUGCCGCGUUGGUGCGAGUUGAACGAUCUGCCAGGUUGCUGGAAGAAGCAAGUAGGAUGCUUAAGGAAGACCCUUAUUCUUCUCCUGCUAGAAAAAGGUUGAUAGAAGGCAGCGGAGGAAUUCUUCAGGCAACGUCUGCUCUUCUGUUGUGCUUUGACGAAUCUGAAGUCAGGAAGAUAAUCAGGGAAUGUCACAGAGUCUUAGACUAUCUAGCUGUUGCUGAAGUCAUCGAAACUAUGGAUGAACUCGUUAAUUUUCUGAGGGACUUGAGUCCCUGCUUGAGCAAAGUGUCUAGAGAGGUGAGCGCUAGAGAGAAGGAACUGACUCAUCAGGUGCAUUCUGAAAUUUUGGUGAGGUGCCUAGAGCAAGUGAAAACCUUAGCUCCGAUCUUAAUUUGUGCCAUGAAAAUCUACAUUCACAUCGUCGCCCAAGGAGGUAAAGGUGCUGAGGAGGCGGCUGAAAAUAGAAAUUACUUAGCCCAAAGAAUGACAGAUGAGAUCAAUGAAAUUAUUCGAGUACUGCAAUUGACCAGCUACGAUGAAGAACAGUCCGAUUUGGACAACUUGACUGUACUCAAGAAACUGCAGAAUGCAAUUGCCAACAAGAUCAAUGCUGCGAACGAUUGGCUAUUGGACCCUAACGCUGUUCGAGGAGGUGUGGGAGAGAAGUCACUGAGAUCUAUAAUAGAAUCUGCUAGAAAAGUAGCUGAAAGAUGUCUGCCCGAAGAUGCGCAUACGAUAAACAAAAUAUGCGGAGAUCUAACCACAAUGACAGAUGCUCUCUGCGAGCUAAGACAAGACGGUAAAGGGGCAACUCCGCAAGCUGAAGCUUUGGCUAGAGGGAUCAAAGACAAAUUGGGCCAUUUGCAACAAGCUGUCAUGAACGCCGUCAUUGCCGUGGAUAAAGCUGGCUUGCAGCAAACUGCGCAUACUGUCCAAGGAAGGAUGGAACAAGCACGAAAAUGGCUUUCAAACCCAGGGCAUGAUGAUAAAGGACUUGGACGGCGAGCUAUUAACGCUAUAGUUACAGAAGGACGAAAGGUUGCAGAGGGUCUUCCGGGCAUGCAGAAAGCGGAAAUCCUCCAACUUUGCGACGAUGUGGACGCUCUGAGCAGGCAGGGAAAAGGCAACACGCCUCAAGCACACGAAAUAGCAAGAAAACUGUCACAGAAGCUGCACGAGCUCAAAGAAAAGAUCAACAGCGCGGUAGUCAACAGAGUCGUCGAAGAUUUCAUCGAUAUAGUGACGCCUUUGAAACAGUUCACGGAAGCCGUGUUGGCACCUGAAGGGACACCGAACAGGGAUCAGAAUUUCCAUGAUAAGGCAGCUAAUUUGCAGCAGUUCUCUAAUCGGGCGGUGAAAACUGCGAAAAUGGUCGCUACAAGCAGCAGUUCCGGCAACAAAAAACUCGCCGAAGCGCUGCAGAUCGCGGCUAACCAAGUGGAAAGCUUAACUCCUCAGCUGAUAUCAGCCGGCAGCAUUCGCAUGAAUUACCCGACCUCGAAGGCAGCCGACGAACAUUUUGAAAACCUAAGACAGCAAUACGCUGACACUAUCACCAAGGUGCGAAAUCUGUGCGACGAAGCGACCGAUUCGGCGGAUUUCAUAAAAGCCUCUGAAGAGCAAAUGAAAAAACACACGUUCUUGUGCGAGGAGGCGAUCAAGAACAGACAACCACAGAAGAUGGUUGACAAUACUUCCGCUAUCGCGCGGCUAGCGAAUAGGGUGCUUUUGGUGGCCAAGCAAGAAAGCGAUAACUCAGAAGAUCCUCAUUUCAUCGAUACCCUCAACAGGGCGUCGGACGCUUUGCAAAACAGCGUGCCGCCGAUGGUGCAAGACGCGAAAGCUGUGGCGCUGAAUCCUUCCGAUCCUGGCGCUGCUUCUAGAUGGCGUGAAUCGAACAAAAGUCUUUUGAACGCCGUGCGACAAGUAAGGGAUGCGGUGCAAGUAAGUCCCCCACCACCACCACUACCUGACUUAAACGCAUUGCACUUGGAAUCUUCACCAAGCAAUUACUUUGUUGAUAAAGUUGGCGAACCGCUGAGAAACACACCAACGCCUGGCAGAGAGUAUGGGGCCCUCAGCCCUACGCAGCACCAGCAAGGACGCCUCAGUCCUUUGCCUAAAUGGGCGAGAGGCGACAAUUCUGAUUUACUCUGUCAAGAACUUGCGCCUAACUAUUAUGAAGCAGAUCAAGCACCACCCCGUCCUCCAUUGCCCCAUGACGGUGCUCCUAUGAGACCGCCACCUCCAGAAACUGAUGACGAAGAUGAAGUUUUCAAGAAGGCACCACUUCCAAGCCAACCUAUCAUGGUUGCUGCGCACAAUUUGCACAGAGAAGUCAGACAAUGGUCAGCCAAAGACAACGAACUUAUUGCCGCUGCACAAAGGAUGGCUAAGCUUAUGGCGAGACUUUCAGAACUUGUGCACAAUGAUGACAAAGGUUCCAAGAGAGAACUGAUCGCAACGGCUAAGGCCAUCGCCGAUGCUAGCGCUGACGUCACUCGUAUCGCGAAACAGCUAGCAAGAGAAUGUACCGACAAGAGGAUACGAACCAAUCUGCUACAGGUGUGCGAGCGGAUUCCAACCAUCGCCACUCAACUGAAGAUUCUGAGUACUGUCAAGGCGACAAUGCUCGGAUCUCAAGGUUCCGAGGAGGAUAGGGAAGCGACCGAAAUGCUUGAAGGAAACGCUCAGAACCUGAUGCAGAGCGUAAAAGAAACAGUUAGAGCAGCUGAAAGUGCCAGCGUGAGAAUCCACGCUCAGACUCACGGUAAACUGAGAUGGGUCAGAAAACAGCCAUGGUACGCCUACGCUUAGGAACUUGAGUCAAUUAUUGUAUUAUUUGUGUUCACUAUUUAUUAUACACUACUUUACCGCGGAUAUAAAGGUCGUCUGAAUCAACAACAUUUCGCCGCUGACUUGUCAGUGUCAGAACAAAAUGAGAGAUCAUCUUGCAGUAUACUCAUCAUUCAUGAAAUAUAGGAGAAACCUGCACUUGAGAUUUGAUGCGGUAAACAAAAAAUUAAAAUUUCCAGCUACACCAAUGCAAGUGCUUGCUUGCUGUUGACUCAGAAGACUUUUAUAAAUUCCUAGUAUAUCUUAUCCGAACUGAAAACUUUUAUAUACCUAAUUUUUCCCUAUUAACUAUACAACUGAAAUGAAAUAAUGUGCUAUAAUACAAAUUUAACAAAAUAUGUAUAUACUCUGUCACAAGUAUACCUGCAUUUAACAGUGCGAGACAUUACAGGGACACUGGCGGAUUAACUUUAGGAGAAAUUGAAGCAAAAUAGUCGGUACUAUUUGUUCCAGUUUUCUAAAGGUGUUGAAGCUUUUAUUUUUCCAAGGUAUUGUAUUGACGCGUAUUUGAACGAAAUCCACCACUUAGUUCCUGAGACAAUCCAUAUAAUAUUUAGAUGGGCCCUUAAGGGAUACACGUUAUUUUCUCAUAUUAUUUAAAUUUGUGCCAGAAGUAAAUCCAGGGGAGGUUUAAAAAUCUAAUUAUAUUAAACUUGAGACGAACAGUACUUUACAAUUUAAAGAAGAUCAUUUAUUGAUUACUUAAAUGAAAAGGAACGGUAUGAAAGCGUAAAGCUGUAGGUUUAGAAGAUAAUUUGUGAAAUAUUCAGCAAGAAAAGUGAUAAAUGUAGCCAUAUUCGAUUGCUACUAGGUGCUUUACGUGUGGUUGAGGAUAAAGUUGACUUCCGACGUUGAUAAUUUGGAUCAGAAAGUGAUUUUUUCUGCGCCCCAGUCUAUUUAGUAGCAUUUCGAGUUAUCUUUCUCUAUGAUACCCAGUCUGAACAUAUUUUGGUUAUGUCCAUAGUUUUCAUUUGAAUAAAUAUGAUGUGGGAUCAGGUGUUUUUGUGACAGCGUAAAUAUAAUGAAAGCAAUACUAUGUAGGAAAUAUUAUUGGUGUUGUAUGUUAUAUUUUUAUCACUGUUGAUUAACUAUUUCGAUGUUUAAACAAAGUGUUGACUUUGAGAUGCAUUGUGACAAUCUGUUAACGAAAUGAACUUGAUAUUAAUAUUUUUUGUAUGUAUAGGAAACUGGAUAAUCUAUAGUGUUGUUGAGAAAUUUUAGAAAAAUGGACAUUUUAAGAGAUAUUCGUUCUCGUUGUUGUAUACUGGAUUGGCAAACGAUUAUAGAGGCCGGGUGUUACAUGUGUAUGGCAUCAAAGAUAACGAGUCUGUAGAUGCUUCAUUUUUGUUCGCAUUAAAAACAUGACUUCAAUGAUUUUCUGCCGUUCCUGUAUGUAUAGUAACUCAUUAUUACAGCAUUUUGUCUAAAACCAUUUCAUGAACAAAAUGUUUCUUGGAUCAUUUGUCGUCCUGACUCUAACAUCCAACAAACUAAAAGAGGACAGGCUUAAAAUGAAGACGUUAUACGAGACCUAUACAAACAGAUGAAAAAUAUAUAUUUUUUGCAAUUAUAAUGUUGCUAUAUAGUUAUUAUAUACACUGUAAUCAUUUUUAUAAUCUAUAUGCUUCAAGACUAUCACUAGUGAAAGUACAAAUGGUUGAAUAUAUUUUUGACAAUUUCAAAAUAAAAGAGUAUAAGCGCUAUCAAUCGCUAAAAGUUUAUAAAAUCCAGAAGAAAUGUGCAAUAGUGCCGAAAUGCAAUACUGGCAAAGCAAUAAGUAUAGUACAUGUUUAUACAGUUAGAGCUUUAUGUAUUUUCAUAUUAAGCUUUUUUAUUUUUUUAACUGAACCAUUAUGGAGUGAAUUUUUGUGUAAUUGUAUGGUUAAUAAAGGUAUUAUAACGUUAAAA